ACACUCAGCGAUGGAGUCCCACCAUCCCCGAGUGUCCCUGAGGACACCCGACUGUGGAGUCCCCACCAUCCCUUCCCCUGGGGACACUCAGCUAUGGGGUCCCACCAACCCUUCCCCUGGAGACACUCGGCUAUGGGGUCCCACCAACCCUUCCCCUGGGGACACUCAGCUAUGGGGUCCCACCAUCCCCUCCCCUGGGGACACUCAGCUAUGGGGUCCCACCAUCCCUUCCCCUGGGGACACUCAGCUAUGGGGUCCCACCAUCCCCUCCCCUGGGGACACUCAGCUAUGGGGUCCCACCAUCCCUGUCCCUGGGGACACUCAGCUAUGGGGUCCCACCAUCCCUUCCCCUGGGGACACUCAGCUAUGGGGUCCCACCAUCCCUGUCCCUGGGGACACUCAGCUAUGGGGUCCCACCAUCCCCUCCCCUGGGGACACUCAGCUAUGGGGUCCCACCAUCCCUUCCCCUGGGGACACUUGGCUAUGGGGUCCCACCAUCCCUUCCCCUGGGGACACUCGGCUAUGGGGUCCCACCAUCCCUUCCCCUGGGGACACUCGGCUUUGGGGUCCCACCAUCCCUUCCCCUGGGGACACUCAGCUAUGGGGUCCCACCAUCCCUUCCCCUGGGGACACUCAGCUAUGGGGUCCCACCAUCCCUGUCCCUGGGGACACUCAGCUAUGGGGUCCCACCAUCCCUUCCCCUGGGGACACUUGGCUAUGGGGUCCCACCAUCCCUUCCCCUGGGGACACUCGGCUAUGGGGUCCCACCAUCCCUUCCCCUGGGGACACUCGGCUUUGGGGUCCCACCAUCCCUUCCCCUGGGGACACUCAGCUAUGGGGUCCCACCAUCUCUUCCCCUGGGGACACUCAGCUAUGGGGUCCCACCAUCCCUUCCCCUGGGGACACUCAGCUAUGGGGUCCCACCAACCCUUCCCCUGGGGACACUCGGCUAUGGGGUCCCACCAUCCCUUCCCCUGGGGACACUCAGCUAUGGGGUCCCCCCAUCCGUGCCCGGGGGACGCCCUGAGUGGGGACUGUCCUGCCUCUCAUCCCUGCAGGAGGAAC